AACAUUUAAAUUACAAUGUCAAGGGCUGAAAAUAACAAAGCAGACAUAAAUAAUAUUAUUAUUCAAGCACCUACAUAUCAGUAUUCUCCAAAUUCAUCUGCUGCAAAACGAGAAUAUGUUAAGAACAACGAAGUUACCGAUUUGGUAAAGCAAUUAAAACCAACUCAGAAAGCAUAUUAUUGGAUUGAAGCUGAAAUCAUAUUAAAAAAUAUCAACCAAGAUUUUUAUUACAUGUCGUGUGAUUUUUGUAAUAAGAAACUUAUGUUCUACAACGACAACGAAGAAACAGAUUGUGAAAAUCCAAAAUGCGGAAAAAGAUGUCUUCCUACACCACGUGCAAGGACAUAUGUACAACUCGACGAUGGUACAGAGUUGCUAGAUGCUGUGAUGUUCGGUGAUGUUGCAGAAAACAUAUUCUCAUGUACUGCAGUUCAAUUAAGAUCAUAUUCGGACGAGAAACAUAAGUUGUUUGUCCAAAAAACUACGAAGCAAUUAUCAGCCAAAAAAUGGAGAAUUCAGUUGUACGUAGAUGCAAACCGAACAAUGACUUCAAAGUACAAUCAGUUCACCAUUCAAGCAGUUGAACCAAUGGAAGAUUAGGAAGAAGUUACCUUUUUUUUUUUUUUUACAAUAAUUUUAUUUUAUUUAGUGCUGAGACUUUUCUUGCUGCUGAGCUUGUUUUUCUUUCUCUUGACUUGUUAUUUAUGGAUUUACAUGGAGUAGUGUAUGCAAGUAUUUCAUAUACCCAAUUUUCUAAAAGUAAAUAAUAAGUAUUAUUUUAUUA